UUCAUGUACAUAUAUAAAAUAUUUGUAUAAGUGGAUAGGAAAGAUGAUAUUUCGUAUUUUUUAUGUAUUGUUCUGAAAUAUUAGAUAUAGGUUAGAGUAACCACUAGUGCAGCAAUGUAUAGGAGAGUUUAGCAGCCCCAUUGGAAGCAAUUUAUUUUAUGCCAAUAAUUCAAAUUGUCAAGUUUGCUUAAAGUUGGCAGUGUUUUUUAUUUCUACAGUACCUUCCACAAAAAAAAAUUAUUUUAAACUGUUUACGGUUUCACAAAGACUUUUGAAUGUACUUUUAACUCUUAACUUUUAAUUUUGAUUAAUGCAUCAAUUAAUAAAUGGCUUCAAAUAUAUUUUUGUCAUAAAGUUCAUCCUAUAGCCUUCUAAAUUUUCAUAAGCACUCUCCCUUAAUCUAGAUCAAAUUUUACAAUUUAAUCAAAAGAUCAAGAUGUAACUGAACUUUUUGUUAUUCAACUUUUUUGUAUGAAAUUAACAGGCUUUACUAAUCAUUUUGUUGGGAAGUUUGUUAGUUAGAAGAUUGUUGUACAUACAUAUAUAUAUAUAUAUAUAUGUUAAAAUAUACUUGUAUCUGAGAGCUUCGCUUCAGAUCUUAUAACACACUUCCUAUAGAUAUUUUUCUUAACACACUUUUAUUAUAAGAUACAUUUCUCAUAAGGCACGAUUCUCAUAAGUUACACUUCUUGUAAAGUACAUUUUGAUGAUGACACUAUCAGCAGAAAUUUUGCCGGAUAUUCAUUAAGCUUGCCUAACCUAAAAAUUUACCCAAAAUUUUUCUUUCGGUUAGGCUAGGUUAAUACAUAUCAGGGCUAAGGACUAAGGCUAGACAAUUGGUAAACCCAACACAAUGCUGAUCAGUUUACAGAGGUUGAUGUACAUAGUCUUUUCUUUUUUUACAGUGGCAAUGCUUAGCAUGUGGUUAUAAAAAAUAUAUCUUAUGAGAAAUGUACCUUAUGUGAAAUGUACCCCAUGAUAAACAUACAUUAGGAACAGUAUUAAAUUAGCAGUAUUUUGAGAAAAGUAUCUGUAAGAAAUGUAUUCUUUGGUUUGAGGCAUAGCUUUACUGUAUCAAAAACAUGGGCAAUAGAACAAAACAAUUGCCUCAAACUUUUAUUUUAAAUCCGUACAUCUUAUUAAGCAAAUGUUGUAGACCUUCUACACUUAAUUCAGUUAAUUUUGUUAGCUAGAUCAAAUUGUUAAAUUUUUAAGUAUUGUAGGUUUACACCAUCAUGUUCAAAGAUAUUGGAAUUAGAAAAUUUUAGUUUCAGGAGAAUUUUUCCAGUUCUAAAUUGAUUUUAUUUUUGAUUUUGUAGUAAACUCAAUUGAAGCUUGAUUAAGAAGUCCAUACAUUUAUAAGGGAAAAAACUGGAAAUGGUAAUUGGUAAAUGUUUUUGGAUAUAUUUCAUGUCUAACAAUUUAUUGACCAUUUCAGGCUGUUUACAGUUUAAUCCAUUAUACUGUGUAGGCCGGCUGAAGAAUCUGGAUCCACUGCACCAACUCCAACUGCAACAAACUUGAAUUUCUUGUCUUAGACAAGAGAAUUUAGUGUAAUAAUUCUCUCUGAAUCUGCAGAUUUCUGUCCUUUUCUAAACACACAUAAGAAAAUGAUAAAAACAUGAAAAUUUUUUUCAUAUAGUUAUAAAAAGAAGUGGUUUAUUUCCUUGGCCACUUGGGCCUUUCAGAACAUAUUGUGAACGUUCGGAAUCUCUAGGGUUAAUUUUAUUAUUAAGCUUGAAGAUUAACCAGGUAUUAAUUGAAACCCAGCUAUAAUUCCUCCCCAUUCAGCAUGGAGGCUCAUCACAAUAAGUUUUUCCCAACACAAUUCUUUAUUAAAGUGUUGAUUUGGCUACUUACCAAUUACUUACGGAACUAAUGUAUUAAAGAUGAGGAAUCCACUGAUCUCAUCUGUAACAUUUGUUGAUGCUCAUUAAUGUUGUCGCUUGCAGACAGGUCCCAGCAUAUUUUUCUGAUACGGCUACAGCUUCCUGCAUGCUAUCUUUUCAUCUUAAGAAAUUUAUCAUUCUGAUAAAACAGCAGGGUAACAUUCCAGAAGGUCAUUAUUCAUAUACCUAUACCUCUUUAACAAGUUAGAGAAUGUUAUUAGUCAGCAGUGUUGCCAUCUUUUCAGAAAUGGUUGGUAUUGCAAUUUGGUUUGACAGUUUACAGUUCAGGAUUGCAGAUGGUUCAACCAAAUAUCUAGCUUUGGUCCUGAUUAAAUAAUGCUGAAGUAUGCCUUAACUUUUUCCAUACAUAUAAUUUAAUUUUUCAGCUAAAUCAAUUUGUUCCACAAUUCUAAUUUUUGAACCCUCAACAUAAUUUUUGUUAUAGCAACUCUUUAAGAAAUUAUCAAAAGGAUUUCAUCACCUAUUUGGAAAUUUAUUUGGUCAUAGUAUACUGCUUGAAAGGCCUGGACACUAAUUAACCGAAACAUAAUUGCAGAAUCCUACAAAUUGCAACUGUCCAAGUAUGCACUUGAAAACAUAGACCUUUAAAAGUGUAUUUAACUAUAUGUCAGCCUUAUCUUAUUCCUAUAAAUACAGGGCAUUAUGUUUGUGAUUUGUUUAAGCAUUUAAGGUUAAUGUUAAAAAAGCGUUAUGUAAAACUAAAGAUUUGUUUGAUUAUCCUGAAAGUUUAGUAUUAUCUUUCAUAAAAAAAUUUAUGAAAAUAGGAACAUUGCAAACCUUUUUUCUAAUUUGAAUGAACAAAAAAUUUCAACUCUUCAGAAUUAAGUGGAGCUUGUUAUUGUUCAUAAAAGUAAGUUUAGACCCCAACCACAUUUUCACUACUAAUAUCUCCUUCAUAAAAAAAAUCAAAAACAAAAAAGCCACUAGCAUCUUUUUCCAGGUUAUCAUCUAAUUGUUAGUAAGGGAUGUAUGCUUCCGAUACCAAGUGGGGUAAGCGCAGGCACCAGUGGGGUAAAUAGCACUGGUGCAGUAAAUUACAUGUACAUAGUACAUACAGGACAAUUUCAACAUGAGCUCUAAUGUAAAUAAUACUGAUGAACCCAUGGAAAGUGGCACAAUAAGAAAAAGAGUAGGCCCACAAUUGGCAAUUGCUCUGAUAGUGUCUUACACUGUGAUGAUAGUUCUAGGUUUAUCUGCAAACCUUUUAGUGUUGUGGGGAUGCCUCAAGAGCAAGAUGCUAAGUUCCACACGAAACCUUUUGAUCAUGAAUAUGGCUGUUGCUGGCAUAUUGUUGUGUUCUUUCACAAUGCCUUUAACCCUGCUAGACCAGCUUCACACAAACUGGGUCUUCGGAGAAUCACGGUACCUACUGUGCAAAUCAAUUGGAAUCAUUCAAUCAACCUGCAUAUUCUUCUCAACCUUCUCUGUGGUGCUGAUUGCAGUUGAUCGUUUCCUCUUUGUGAUUCGACCCUGCAGUGUGCAGAUAUCUACUACUCAGGCAUUGGGACUCUCUCUAUUCUCCCUGGUCUGCUCUGUUGCAAUCUCAUCUCCAAUCUUCAUCUUUACUGAUCUCACAUCCUACUUCAAUGACGAUACUGUUUGCGAAGAUACUUGGGAGACUUCUGAGGAUAGACUGAUUUACGCUACAGCAUGCGCUCUUCUUCAAUAUGUUCUGCCUUUGAUCAUUGUUCUCAUUGCAUACCUGUGCAUCGUCAGAAACCUUCAAGCCUCACUGUCAAGAACUCAAGUCUUUCUCUCCACAGACACACGCAUCAGGAAGCUAAAGCGGACAACUCACAUCAACAGAAUGCUAAUUGCUGCUGCUGUUGUGUUCUUUGUGUCCUGGUUUCCGUUGAACUUCUACAAUAUAUUCGUCAUUGUAUUCCCAGACUUUAUCCAGGAUCCUGAAAUUCUCGCACUAGUGUAUUCUCUCUGUCAUCUGUGUGGAAUGAGUACAUCCUGCUCUAACCCCAUCAUCUACGGAUUCCUAAACACUAACUACAGUCAGACCUUCCGCCAGAUUUGGACUAAAAAGGAGGACGGAAGCCAAUCCAAGAAAAAAUCCACACAAAGAAGCAGAGACACUUAAGAGAAUUGCAGUCAAGGGAUCGAUAGAUGUAACCGUAUUCCCUAAACCUGUGACUUGCUACUCCUGAAAAGUACCUCUCUGUGUUGGUGUUGUCUACACAAAACUAAAGAAUGUGAUUUGAAACAAACCUAUCAUUGGAAUUAUUAUUAUUGUAUGUUUAUGUACGUUUAUAUGUAUAUUGAAAGUUUAUGCUAUUUACACAUGCUACUCUUGAUCUAUAUCCUUGUUAAGUCAGCAUCUUCCAAAUUAAUCUUUAAAAAUGCUAUCUUCUAGAAAAUUAUGUUGAUUUUUAUUUAUCUUAUUAUAAUUUUUUUCAUAACUUUAUUUGUGGCACUUUUAAAGAAAAUUUUCUUCUUACUGACAAAGAUUAAACUUUAGAUCGAUUUAAAACAAAUCCCAAUCCUACUCUCUAGCACUAGAAUUUUAUCAUUUUCUUCUCAAUAUAUUUCGCCUAAAACCUUGGCAUCAUCGGGAGUGCGUCCUUACUCUUUUGAAUGACAUGAUACACAUUAAAAAGUGAAACCAUUCAACAUUUUGUUCAUUAUAUAAAUCUAAAGCAAUCCUAAACUGUUUCUAUAUAUUCCUUUGUCUAUGUUAGAAAAAGUAACUAUUUACUCACCACUAACUUUUGCUUUGUCAAAAUUUCUUGUUUGAUCUACUUCUGAAAUAUCAAAGGAUAUUAGGAUAUUGAGGUUAGCUUUUGUGGUAAGAAAUCUGUUCCUGUGCAAUACAAUUAUUAAAAUUAUUUAGUUGUAAGCCUAAUUGUAAUGUAUUCCGACCAAUGUAAAUGUUUUUGAAUUUUUAUAUUUUUGUAUGUUGUAUUUUGUAUU